GCUAGGUCGUGUACCCUACACGUACCUAGGUGCAGGCCGAUUCAGUAUCGGUGAUUUUGAACCUGUCGCUGGUCGAGCAAGCCCGGAAUUUGCCAUGUCUAAAUUGGUGGCAAUGAAAUUAAAGAAAAUCGAAGGGGUCAAAUGGCAAUAACGAAUUUUUGCGACCUGCUGCUUUUGCGACAAGAAAACUGAUUUUAUUUAUUCCAUUUCAUCUUCCAAAUUUUCCCCCAAUAUUUAGGGAUUCUCAUACUCUCGAGGUAGUAGGUACACUGUUAGCUUUGCUCGAUCGCUCCAUUUCUCCACCAUAAGCACCAUGGACGUGACCUCAGGCGAUCUCGACGCGCCACAUUCGAUGGGCACCACCAUCAUCGGCGUCACCUACAACGGCGGUGUUGUUCUCGGGGCGGACUCCCGCACCAGCACCGGUAUGUAUGUCGCGAAUAGGGCAUCCGACAAGAUCACCCAGCUGACGGAUAAUGUCUAUAUCUGUCGCUCGGGCUCGUUUCUCUGGUGCAAAAAGCUCACAGCUUGUAUUAUGACGUUUUCUGUGUUGAGCUCUUUGGCGGCCGAUUCACAGAUCGUUUCGGAUUAUGUGCGUUAUUACCUCCAUCAGCACACGAUACAACUCGGGCAGCCUGCAACUGUAAAGGUUGCCGCAAACCUUGUCCGAUUAUUGUCCUACAAUAACAAGAAUAUGCUCCAAACUGGUCUGAUUGUUGGUGGAUGGGAUAAGUACAAUGGGGGUAAAAUUUAUGGAGUACCAUUGGGAGGAACAGUUUUAGAGCUGCCUUUUACCAUUGGAGGAUCUGGCUCAUCUUAUCUAUAUGGUUUCUUUGAUCAAGAGUGGAGGGAAGGGAUGACUCGGGAAGAAGCUGAGCAAUUGGUUGUGAAGGCAGUCUCUCUUGCCAUUGCUCGUGAUGGUGCCAGUGGUGGUGUUAUUCGCACUGUGACUAUUAACGAAGACGGGGCCACUAGAAAGUUCUACCCAGGCGACACUCAUCCUCUAUGGCACGAAGAACUUGCACCCCAGGAUUCCCUGUUGGACAAUACACCUGCUGCCAGUCCUAUGAUCAUAAUUGUUGAAGAAGGCAAGUCUCUUGCUCUGCAAGUCCCUGCAUUUUUCAAUGUUCCCUUUCAAGAAAGGCCUGAAGAAACGAAUAAUGUUUCUAUAGUUGCACUCGAAGCUCUGUGCCAGCCGGCUUCUUUCCGAGUUGAAUUUUUGGGUAUAGUUGAGCCUGAAGUUUAUUUUCGAAAGAUGAUUCCUAAGCUGUAG